UCAACAGAUCAGACAAUUUCAGUACAUUAUCAAGCGUAUACAUACAUUAUUCCAUAUUCUAUGUGUAUGUGGAGAAAAUGAUAAUGAAAGGAUUUACAGUGUCUUCAUUUCUGCUCAUUCAUGCUAUCUUGUUUGUGAUUGGUUCAUUGUUACUACUACAUCGAACCAAUGAGCUCCAUCAAGAGUACGAAUAUGAAACUUCACGAAUGAAUAUUCUUCAGGGGAGAUGCAACUCCGAAGUAUCUGAUGAGCAGAUCAUUGGGGAAUUGAAAAAUGUAUUGGAGGAUAUGACAAAGAGCCGGCCUCAUCGCGCUGCACAUUUUCAAAGUAGAGUAAAGAGACAGCUAUCUAUGCAUGGUAUGGUUGAAGAAAUACUUCGUCUUCAGGAGGCGGUUCUGGAGAAACACUGUCAGCAAAACAGCACCAUUUGUACCAAAGGACACAAAGGAUCACUUGGUGUGAAGGGAUUCAGAGGAAUCACCGGAUCGCGGGGAGAGCUCGGUGACGUUGGCCGGCAAGGCCAAACUGGAACUGAAGGGGUUAAAGGUCAGCCAGGAGGACCAGGUGAAAUCGGGGCCCCUGGAGGUACUGGUACUCAAGGCAUAGAUGGCGUGCGAGGUAGACCGGGAACAAAAGGAGACGGAGGCGAUAUUGGAGCAGCAGGUGUAAAAGGGGAUAUGGGCCUGGUCGGUUUCAAAGGGCAAAACGGGGAAAAGGGUUCACCAGGCGCAGCAGGUGAUGUAGGGACACGGGGGCAAAAUGGUACAGAUGGACCUGUAGGGGGUGCAGGUGCACUAGGACCAAUGGGUCAGAAAGGUGAGCCGGGACCUGCUGGACCCCCCGGGGCAAUCGUCGAUAGGAACUGCACUUGUCAGGUUAAAGGCAUACAUCCCGACACCAGCACCACUAAGGCACCUGCUGUUGGCCCAUCUAUUAACGGAGCUGUCGACCACACACGAAUUCUUGAUCCUGUACAACUGACGUGUUUGACAACGCCUUCCCCUGAUCAGACUAUAACGUGGGAGAAAAUUGGCGUUCCAAUGAGCGCUCGCUACGACGUUACGACUGACCCAAAUAUCCUGUCAAUACCGGAAGUAUAUGCAUACGACACCGGAAGAUACCGUUGCACGGCGACAUCAAAAACGGGAGCAACUAUCCAAGCAACAAUAUCGCUGAAAGUUGACGGUGUGACACAGUAUGACUGUAGCUUUGAAGUCGACACGUGUAAUUGGAAGCAAAGUACAACAGAUGACGUGGACUGGGCUCGUUUUGCUGGUGCGACUCCCUCUACAGGGACUGGUCCAACCACUGACCACACGGUCGGCCACGGAAGCGAGGGUUAUUACCUGUAUCUAGAGACGUCCAGUUAUGUCGCUGGUUACAAGGCUGACCUGGUAUCUCCCACUGUUGACCACACGAAGCGCUACUGCGUCAGUUUCUGGUACAAUAUGAACGGUAUCCAGGUAGCGGAUCUCCACCUUAUUGCUCAGGAAAAUGGCGGCACCGAGGAUUCUUUGUGGACGAUUAGUGGUAACAAGGGUGCCACGUGGCACUCAGCACGUGUACAGCUUGUAACCCGUAGCCAGGACUACAAUCUGAUCAUCAGAGCCAUUCAAGGACGCGGUUACCAUGGAGACAUCGCCAUUGAUGACGUAACCGUUCGGGAAGGAAGUUGCUAACAUAUGUUUCCUGUUUAAUGAUAAACAAUUAUUAAGAAAACAAUCAUUACAAUGUUGUUUU